UUAAAACGUUGCAAUAAACCGUUAUCAUCAGAACAAUAAAAUCGAACAACAGACAGUAUUACAACAAAAAGGUUAAUGUUUAUAAAAAUAUCUAAAAAAUAUAAAUUAAUUAAAAAUAUAAAAUAAAAAACGGAACAAAAAUGAAAAGAUUUUCAAGAUUAAUUUCAUUGAAAUUUGUAAUACUUAGUUUAACAUGCUUUCAUUUAACAAGUGCUGUAACGAUGGAUCAGUUUUUACAAUCAUUGGAUAUGAUGCGAAAUGGUUGUGCACCGAAAUUUAAAGUGAGCUUAGAUCAAUUGGAUAAUUUGCGGAAUGGUAUCUUUGAUGAAAAUAGUUCUGAGCUUAAGUGUUAUACAAAAUGCGUUGCACAACUGGCAGGCACGGUCACAAAAAAGGGUGAUUUUAGUAUAACAAAAGCCGUUGCACAAAUACCAAUUAUCUUGCCUCCUGAAAUUCAGGAUGUCGCAAAGGCAGCUCUAAACUCAUGUAAGGAAAUACAGAAGGACUAUAAGGAAUCAUGCGAACGUAUAUUCUAUGUGACUAAAUGUGUACGGGAUUAUUCACCAAAAGACUUUAAAUUUCCAUAAAAUCAAAUUAUAAAAGAAAAAUUUUAAAUACAAC